AUGUCCAGCAUAUCGAUGAACACUUUAUUGACAAUUGUUCAAGUCAAGCAGAGACGCGGUGGCCGAUAUUGUCCUCCAAUGGGAUACAAGGAAAAAUACGAGGUAGCUUUUGUAGAUAAUGGACCACCGAUGUACGGAUGCGCCUACUUGGAUCACGACUGGCAAUUGAGCGUUGUGCCAUUGCUUCAUCUAUGGCUUGAACGUCGCGAGGAAGCAAGUAUCGAACCCGCAUAUUGCAAAAACAUGAGUAAUAUGAAUCACUACAUUUUCGAGUGUUUAUCAAGAGAGGAACCUAUCGACAUUGAAGAGAUUGAGAAAGGCUUUCAGUAUAUGUCGCUGUAUGAAUACACACCAAACGCAUACGGUGAACACCUCGAAAUAGCUAACACAUUAUUCUACAGAUGUGCCGUAUACGUCGCUGAUGAAUACGAAAACUAUGGGGUUGUGGUAAUUCGGAUGGCACUUGGCAGGGGAAGAGCAGAGCAUUUUAAUCCAAGACAGUGCGAAGGUUUAUCGAAUCUUCUGGCGGAUAAAAAUCUAAUAUACAACCCUCCAAUGCAACAAGAUUGGCCCGAAGGAGCUAUGUAUGUAUUUAUAAUGGGAGAUAUCCAGCCCAAAAGACAUAAGGAUAGACGCGCUGGCCGACUUUGUCCUCCAAUGGUAUACAAGGAAAACUACGAGGUAGCUUUUGUAGAUAAUGGACCGCCGAUGUACGGAUGCGCCUACAUAGAACACGACCGGUCAUUGAGCGAUACGCCAUUGUUUCAUUUGUGGCUCGAACGUCGCGAGCAACGAAACAUCGAGCCUACCUAUUGCAAGAACAUGAGUAAUAUGAACCAUUACAUUUUUGAGUGCUUGACAAAAGAUGAUUCACACGAUAAGGAUGAAUUUGAGAAAGGCUUUCAGUAUAUGUCGCUAUACGAAUACACAGCAAACGCAUCUAACAAACAUAUAAGUAAAACCGACAAGCAAUUCUACAGGUGUGCCGUGUUCGCGGCUGAUGAUUACGUCAACUAUGGGGUCGUGGUAAUCCGGAUGGCACUUAGCAAGAGUAUAGCACACUAUUAUGAAUCAUCACUGUGCGACGGUCUAUCGAAUUUGCUGUCAGAUAAAGAUCUGAAGUACGACCCUCCAUCGCAACAAAAUUGGCCCAAAGGAUCUCAGUAUGUAUUUGUAAUGGGAGAACUUCAGCCCAAAAGACGUAUAAUAACAACUACUACAACAACUACAACAAUAGCCCCAUUAGAUUUUUUUGAUUAUUUUUCCAUGGUAUUGGGUCAUCGUCCUAAAUAUUAG